AUGGCAUCGCUUCUUGAGAAAUUGACUGCUGAGGGCGGCGGGGAAUCUGUGCGCUUCUUGAACGACAUCGUCGCGCAGCUAUGGCCGCAUAUCAAUGUUGCUGGCUGCAAAAUGAUAAAAGAAAUCGCCGAGCCUAUGUUCAAGACAAUGCUUCCAGGGCCCCUGGCCAGUCUCCAUUUCACUAAGCUAGACCUCGGUCACGUUCCUCUGGAACUCUCCAAUUUGCUUGUCACAAAAACCGAGACGGAUGGUAUCAAGCUCGACUUGAAUGUUGACUGGGCGGGCAAAUGUGAUAUUGCGCUAGAUGCUUCCAUGAUUCCUACUGUCGGAGUGAGAGGUGUUGCACUUCACGGCAGACUUUCCGUCCUGCUGGGCCCGUUGACCGACAUUAUUCCGCUGAUAGGAGCUGCCCAAAUCGCCUUUGUGAACCCGCCAGUCUUGAAGCUGGACUUCACCGGGGCAGCCAAUGUGGCCGACUCCGACAUGAUUGACGGAGCAGUACGCUCGGUAAUCAUGAGUAUAAUCAACUCUAUGUUAGUGCUGCCCAACCGGCUCAUGAUCAAGUUGGAUGCUACAAGCGACUAUUUCAAGACACAGAUUUACCCGCUUGGUAUCCUUCGUCUCACGGUGGAGAAGGCAUCGGGAUUCGCUGAAGAGAAACAAAGCGCGAGCAAGAGAUUCCUAUCAAAAAUCACUCGCGCUUCCCCCGACACCUAUUGCAAUGUUAGUGUUGGCGCCGAGACGACAUGGCGGACAUCGACCAAGAACAACACGACUAAUCCAUCUUGGAAUGAAGUGCAUGACUUUGUAGUCACAGACAUGAACCAAUGCAUUACAGUUGACUUAAUGGAUCAUGACGUCGGAAGCGAUGACCAGAUUGGACUCGCUGUCACUACUGUUAAGGACAUUCUCUUGACCGGCGGUAAGCAGGAACUGAGCAUGGUGCACAAGGAACAGCCGAUAGAUGGUAGCGUCUCGCUGUCUUGCAAAUUUUACCAUUUCGCACCCGAUAACAGCAGUUUCUCUGCCUCGGACCACAGCGGUGAGGGACGCCUCUGCGGCAUUGCUACCAUUAUGAUAGCCGGCGUGCUCGGUAUCCCAGGCAGGCGAGAGGAGCUGAACCCGAGCGUGGUGGUUACUUGGGGCGAGAAGCAUCGCUUCCAGACGGCUAUGAAAACGGAUGCACCAGGGACGGAUAUCUCAAACCCUUCUUUUGAUCAGAGUUUCCGUAUUCCAUACUCGGCAGAUAUGGUAUCCGGUGGGGGACAGAGCUUCCGCAUUGCUCUUAUGAAUAAAAAGGAUGAAGUAGGCUCGAUCGAUAUUCCGCUGUCGGAUGUACUGAGCGCGCCAGACAUGAUUGUUCAAAACAACUUCGGCGUCGGCGGGGGCGCAGCGGUCAGAGCAAGCAUAAGCCUUCGUGGUCUCACAGCGGCGGAUAUUUAA